AAGGUCAGAGGGUAUCUCGAGCGCCCGCAUCAUUCGGGCAGCGACUUAGGUUGAUGUGUUGAGGAAUCUUGUGGCUAUCAAAGGAAUUAACAUUUAUUGAAAACACGAAAUAUAAUUGUAAGUUAGCGGAUGUGAUGCAGAAAAGAACUGCAAUGAACUGGCGGCGCCCAGUACCCCGCAUCGCAGUGAUGUUUACAGUAGUAGUGAUGCUGACUAUAUGCUGUAUAAUGGCAGAUGAUGAAGAUUAUGUGUGGGAUUCAGAUGUGCGGCCUACCAGUGCUGCCAGGAGUUAUGAAGACUUCCAGCCCGCAAGUUCAGAUGGUUUCGUAAGAGUGGAUCGUCCAAUGGAAAACCUUACCAAAUUCACCGGAGAAAAUGUGAGAUUACGCUGUGAAAUCUCAGGCUCUCCAGUCCCACGCUACACCUGGUUCAAGGAUAAUGUAACAAUACAAGAGAGCAGACACAGCAGACUGAAUGCCAAAGAUACUUUUUGGGGAUCAAGGUUACGUAUAAACAGUGUUCAAGAAUCUGAUUCUGGUGUCUACUCCUGUGAAGCAACCAAUGUGUUUGGUAGAGAAAGAGCCAGUGGAAUGCUGCUAGUAAAACCUGGUCGUCCUCCUAAUUACACUCCUAGGACAGUAGAGGUGGAUCCUUUUCCGAGUGGUCCACCAGAUGAGGAGACCCCCAUACGACCACCAGGCUUUGAUCCAUUCGGUACUGCAGCUUUCCCUAAUUUCAACUACAGACCACCAGGGACAAGAGAUAGCCAGCCAGGCAAUGGUUUCUGCCAACCAUACAGAGGAGUGUCGUGCUCUAGAUUUGUUGCCAAUAAAAGUAUUUAUGUCCUAGACAACUUCAUGCAGGGCCGAGUGGAGAAUCAGCUGUUAGCUGCCAUCACAGUGAUAGAGCAGACGACAGAGAUGUCAGAGAGGUGUGAGGAGUACGCCAUUCCCCUGCUGUGUCACUUUAACUUCCCUCUGUGUGACAACAGUGGUGUGGAGCCACAGCCACGACAGAUUUGUCAGGAGGAGUGUAACAUUCUCAUGACUGAUAUGUGCAAGACUGAGUACGUGCUGGCUAAGACGCAGCCAGUGAUUGGUAACAGUUUAUUACCCAGGUGUGAGGAUUUGCCAGCCAAAGGAACACCACAGGCUGCUAAUUGUGUCAGCAUUGGUCUGCCUAAAGGACAAGUGAAAGUAGACACAGGAAGCCGUGGUCACACCUGUUAUAAUGGGACAGGCAUGUCAUACCAGGGGACAGUGAGCCACACAAAGUCAGGACUCAAGUGCCAGAAGUGGACCUCAAAUAGCCCCCACCUUGUCACUCUGUCACUUGGCCAGUUCCCACUGCUACAGGGAGGACACAAUUACUGCCGCAACCCAGGAGGACGCAAGGAAGCACCUUGGUGUUUCACAAUGGAUAAAAUGGUGCCCACAGAACUUUGUGAUAUACCAAAGUGUCCUGACCUAGUGAAGACAAUAAACCAAGUGACAUCUGAUGCAUCAAAAAACAACUCAAACCUCAAAGAGAUUCUGAUCAUCGUCCUGCCCAGUGUGGCCAUCCCUCUUAUUUUGGCCCUGAUCAUUACUGUGAUAUGCCUGUGCUCGAGACAGCGACGCAACAGGCAAACUCCACCAGAAGCCGCAAAAUCUCCAGAACAACCAAACCAAGACAUGGAGAUGACUGCUCUAAUCAUUAAGAAUCCUGUCAAAGCAAAAGAGUUUCCACGAUCUGCAAUUCGUUUUGUUCAGGAACUUGGAGAAGGGGCAUUUGGAAAAGUUUACAAAGCAGAAGUGAUUGGAUUAUAUGGAGAUAACACAGUUGGUACAAUUGCUGUGAAAACAUUAAAGGAAAAUGCUUCACAAAAAAUAGCUAGCGAUUUUCGUCGCGAAGUUGAAUUGAUGUCUGACAUGAGACACUUGAAUAUUGUGUGUCUGAUUGGAGUUUGUAUGAAAGACCAGCCAUGGUGUAUGCUGUUUGAAUACAUGCCACAUGGCGACUUACACGAGUUCUUAAUACGUCAUUCACCACAUUCAGAUGUGGGUAUGAAUGAGGAUGGCCUUGUACCGCGCCAUCUUGACACCUCAGACAUGUUGUACAUAUCAGUUCAAAUAGCAGCAGGGAUGGAAUUCCUCUGCAGCCACCAUUUUGUCCACAGAGACCUUGCAGCUAGAAACGUUCUGGUUGGAGACAAUUUAACUGUAAAAAUUUCAGACUUUGGUCUUUCAAGAGACGUUUACUCAUCGGAUUAUUAUCGCUUGCAGAGCAAGGCCCUCCUUCCAGUGCGCUGGAUGGCACCCGAGUCCAUUCUUUAUGGGAAGUUUACAGUAGAGAGUGAUGUGUGGUCCUAUGGAGUGUUACUGUGGGAGAUAUUCAGCUAUGGACUCCAGCCUUACUAUGGCUAUACAAAUCAAGAAGUGAUAGAAAUGAUCCGAGGCCGUCAGAUAUUACCAUGCCCUGAUGGCUGCCCCAGUAGGGUAUACACCCUGAUGGUGGAGUGUUGGCAUGAAAUGCCAGCCAGGAGGCCCACAUUCAAUGAAAUUCACAUGCGUCUAAGGCAGUGGCGUGGGGAGCUGAUAGCAACCCAGUUCCCACAACAUAACCUGGCUCAGAGCCAUUCUGGACACUCGAGUAGUACACAGCAUAGCAGUGGCCGCAGUCAGCAGAGUCACCAUAGCAGCACAGGGCCCAGUAAUAACACUACCACUACAGGACUCACAGGGAGUUCAGGGAGGAUGACUGGGGGGAACCAGCCACCCCCGGGGUUCCCACCCAUCCCCCCUCCCCCUGUAGGCUAUUACUCAACUCCAUAUAGUAAUGUCCCAUCUCAGGGAUAUGCACAGACUGGGCAGGCACCGCCACCCCCAGGAUUUGUUCAUCACCCUGCUAUGUAUAAAAAGCCCUCUCCACCCGGCUCUGUAGCCAGUCAUAAGUCAUCAAGCCAUAGUUCAAGAUCAUCGUCCAGUAACUACAAACCCAACAUGCAAAAUAAAGUGCCAACCAACCAGCAACACAACGUCCAAAGCCCAGUGCAUGUCAAUAAUUCCAUAAACGCCCGGAAUGAAAUGAUUAAAGACAGCAUGUUUAUAACAGAGCCAAGACAAUCAGAAAUAUAAGGCCUCUAUUUCUAUAAUUUGAAAGUAGUGUAUAACUUGCAUUUGUGUUGUAAGUGAUGUGUAUAUAUUUGGUCUCUUAAUACCCAAGUGCAUACCAAAGUUUGCAAUUUUGUAUUGCUCCCUGUAUAUUACUGACAACAUGGAUGUAUUCCCAAAGAAGUGUGAUAGAACCAGUGAAAGAUGGUCUACAGAAUUUCUCAUUAUCAGAAGUGACCUUGAAAGGUCAAUUUUUUGUAAAUAUAAUUAUUCAUACAAAUUGUUAAUUUUGUGCUUCUGUCUGUAGUCACUUUGCUUGCUUGUGUAAAUGACUAGUUACUCAUGUUUUAUUGAGAUAGUAUAACCCUUGAAAGAGCCCCGAGGUCAGGCUCAGAGACAAGUCAUUAGAUGUUUAUACUGCAAUUAUGGCUUUAUUUUUUAGUAAUAAUGUUGAUAGGAAAUGAAAAUGGAUCUUGACAAAUGCAAGUGUAUUUUUGCAAUUUCAGAAGAAUUAUUACUUCCAUGUUGUCUGUCUGUUUUACCCAACAUUACUUUGAAAUGAUAUUAAUUUUACAAUGGUUAUCAAGUUUUAACUUGUUCUGUGGUUAUUAAAUGAAUGGUUCAAUUUAAUUCUACAUAUUUACUGACAAUAAACUACUUUAUGGUAGUUUUCAUGUGUGGAUUUUUUAAAAUUCCAUGAUAAAUUGUUUCAUUUCUAAGCCAAAGGCUAACUUUCAAUCAUGAAUUUAUCUUCUUUCACCUUGAAUGUUAGCUUUUUGUUACAGAUUUAUUACGUUGUUGCCAGUAAAGUAUUUGUUGAAAAUUACUGAGGAAAUUAUCAAUUCAGGUAAAUGUAUUGUGCCCAUUAUUAAACUCUAAUGCCAAUUCUAAAGGUUUUAUUUCAUUGUCUGUUGUAAACUUGUUAACAAAAAAGGUGCAUUUUACAGAGGAGCUCCAGCUUUGUUCCAAUUUUUUGUCUGAGGCUUCCCUCACACAGGCUUCUGAAUCCAGUCUUUGUAGCAUGGCAAGCAGUAGAUUAGAUUUAUUCUGGAUAUUGUUCCAUAGCUUUAUUGUCUGUUAGGUAAUAAAAUGACAGAUUGUCUUAUA